AUGUCUCGCAACCUAAUCACACUGGAACACAAUAACCAGCGCGACACAUCAAACAUCGACCACCUCUUGCAAGAUCACACCCGACUAGGCCGACUAGCGAAACGUUACAGCGGCGGUGCACACAUAAACAGCAGAGUGCACGAACGAGUCCGAGACGACCUCCUCGCUCUACGCGACUUCUGCGAAGACAGACAUCGUCGUAUCUUCAACCUCCGGCAACGGCAUGAUAGUACAGUCAAUCUGCGCAUAGCUACGCAAAGCGCGAGCAUUGCACGCGAAGCACGUAAAGACAGUAUGUCCAUGAAGAUCAUUGCGGCUGUGACGUUGAUUUAUCUCCCUGCCACAUUUGUGUGUAGUCUGUUCGGGACGAAUCUGGUUGCUUUUGAUACGUCUCCUGGCUCGAAUGGGGCGGAAUUUCUUGUUUCGCGGUGGUGGUGGCUUUAUUUUGCUUUUGCUAUACCGUUGACUGUGUUGACUAUGUUUGGGUUUUGGCUUUGGCGACGAUUUCGGGGAACGCCGAGUAAUAUUCAGAAGAAGUUUACUGACUAG